GCAUCUGGUACAGUAUAUUGAACAGAAUCUUUGAUUUGGGACAAAUGGCUUCUGCUAAUGUAGAAGAGUCAGACGAAGGCUUAAACUAUUAUCAGGUAUCGUGCUUUGAUUUCUCACUGUAUGUCAGAGAUAGAAAGAGAUAGAAAGAGAGAGAGAUAGAGAUAGACUCCUAGUUGUCCCUGUUAAGAUGUUUUUUCCAUCCCUUCAAACGGUAAGCAGUUUGUCUUCGUGGAAAAAGGGGCAUUAAUAGUCCCUGUCCAUUUUUGCGUGAAGAAUUUGAUUAAUAAAUUCCCCAUUGAUCUUGAAUGAGUUGAACCGAAUAUACAUACUGUGCAUAUAUAUUUAAUUCCAAGGGUUUUGCAUUACAUUCCAAUCUUCUGUUCGACCUAUUCAAUUCAUUACUCCGUUCUUAGCACUACACAUAGGCAGUUUACGGAUUUUCACACAGUAUAUUUAUAAGCAAAAGGUCAGUCGGUGCACAAGUAACAUCACAAAGGACAAACAAAAUAAACCAUAAGGUGCGAGAAUAUAUAGAAGCCCAGAAGGCUCAAAUCAACUUUUUAUUUUUGUGUUUCCACUUUUAAUUUUUGUGUUUCAACUUUUUAUUUUUGUGUUUCAAUGCAAGUUUUAAUUUUUGUGUUUCAACCUUUAAUUUUUGUGUUUCAACAAGUUUGUUUUUGAGUUUCAACUUUUUGGAUUAUUUUGUUUUUCUUUCAAAAUUUUGUUGAAAAUUAUUUUGCAAUUUGCACAAAAUUUUUUUGAAAAAUUUAUUUUUUGGAAUAAAUUUUUUGGUGAGCAUAGACCAUGAUGUAUUGCGGGGCUAAACAAUAUGGCGGUUUUACCAGAGGAUGUUUCUGAAAUUCUGACGGUAUCUAUAAUUCAGUAAAACUAUGGCAAAUAAUUGAAGAAAUGUAUAUUUUGAGGUGUGAAAAGCCUUAAUUUUAACUUCAAGUCGCUAACCUCCAACUACAAGUAUUGCGAAAUCGUGGCGUUCGAUUUCAAUUUUCUCAUCAUUUCUUUAAUCCUAUCAUACAUGUCUAUAAUAUUUGGUAAACAGGUUCAUAAAAAGGCUUUUCACUCCACAAAAUAUACAUUUCUUCAAUUAUAUUUGCCAGUUUUACUGAAUUAGCAUGCAGAACUGUUAAAUUACUGCUCAAAAAGGAAUUAAUUACAAUUACUUGCUUCAAAAGGUAAUUAAUUCCCGAUUAAAAUUGCUUCUUUUCAAAAGUAAUUAGUUACAAUUACAAAAUUACCCGCUCAAAAAAGUAUUAAUUCCCGAUUAAAAUUACCUCUUUUCCAAAAUUUGCUCAUUCAUGAAGAAAACUGUUAAUCUGAAUUCCGAAAUGUGAAAGCGUGCACUGAGAUAAAAUGGCCAUAACAGGCACGGCGCAGAGAUGAUGACUCUGAUGACUGGUAUAUAUAGCAUUCAUUCCAUUUAUGGAAGAUUUCAGUAUAAAAGGAAUUGUAAUGGUAUAUAAGUAUAUAAUGGUACAUAAGUAUAAAAGGAAUGCGUUCCUUUAUUUUGUGAUUAAUUACCUUUCCCCGUUCCUUUUCAAAAAAGUAAUUAAUUUUGUGCAAAUUGCAAAAUGAUUUUCAACAAAAUUUUGAAAGAAAAACAAAAUAAAUUUAAAAAGUUGAAACACAAAUAUAAAAAGUUGAAACACAAAAAUAAAAAGUUGAAACACAAAAAUAAAAAGUUGAAACACAAAACUAAAAAGUUGAUCUGAGCCUCCUGGGCUUCUAUAAGAAUAUGACCGCUGGAGGUUUCUGUCUCAUGACCUUUCCUAUCAAUUGCUUUUCACAAUACAGCUUCUAGGCGUAGAGCAAGAUGCAUCAAAUGAAGCCAUCAUGCAAGCCUUUCGUCGUUUAUCGAAAGAAAAACACCCGGACAAGAACCUGGACGACCGUGAAAGAGCGACGCGUGACUACCAAAAGCUGACGCACGCAAAAAUUAUCCUGUUGGAUGCUGAAAAACGGCGUAAGCAUGACGAAGAUUUGAUUGACACUGGCGUUAGAAACGAGAAAGCGCUGCCGCUGUUCUGCAGUAUUUGCUCGAGAAACAGCGGAAGACAUGCACGCAGGUGUUUGAAGGGUUUCGGACACAAAAGUCCCCUUGUCGAAGAAUUUCACGCGGCCCAACGCGAAUACCAAGCUCGAAGGCAUUCACAGCAAAACAAACGCCGCGAGAAGGCCGAAUUUAUCAAAUGCCUUGAACGAGUUCUGGCAGAAUUUGUGAAAAAUGAAUUCCCGAAGUUGUAUCCACUCGAAAAAGCUCCAAAUCGUAGACAGCAGGCUGCAGGUAAUGAAGAUUUGCCUCUUCCCAGAUUUGUGAAUGACGUCCUGAAGCAGUGUUAUCUUUCAAUGAGAGAUGAAACAAAUGAAGAAACGGGAGCGUUCUCCAUGCCAACUGCUUUAGAAGUAUCGAAUCUUCUAGAGGCAUGCCAACUGCGACCAACACGGCGCCGCGAGACGACAAACUUGCCUUCGACAAACAAGUUUCCAAUGUACGACUUAUCAACCUUAUCGGACAAGGAAUUGAGAUUAAUUCUGGAUUACUUGAGAUUGCCAUACGAGACCACUGCCAAUCGUGAAGUGUUAAAGAACAUGGCUAACCGCUAUUGUCCCAUGGUGGUUUUGUUACCCAAUUUGGACAAUCAAUCGCUGAAUCUUAGUAGGGAAUGUGGAUGGUGUUCGAAUAGCCUUUCCUUGAUGCAGUCCUACUUCAGCAAAGCAACCUCGACGGUCUGUUUUUCUUGCAAUAAAAUCUGUUGCAGUAACUGCCUGAUGGGAAUGAAAUGGAAAAUUCCGUCUUCUGGUUCGUUCGACUUGAGGACAAUUUGUUCAGAAUGCUUUAGAAUAUUGAAGAUCUACGAAUCUCAGAGCUGGUUGGAACGUGGAAUUGCUUUGCUCAAAUCUGACCAGAGGAGGACGGAAACCGUACUUGCCAUGUACAGGAUUUCAAACGCAGUACGUCCAUCAGACGUGGCCAUAAUCCACCAAGCCAAGGUGCUAUAUGCGCAGAAGAAAUAUACAACGUUGGUUGAAUUUGGGAAAGAAAUUCUGCUUGACGAAUCUGCAUUGACGAAAGACAAUCGCACGGUUCUUUUAUAUUUUGUCGCUGAAAGUCUAUUGAAAGUUGUCGGCGCCAUGCCAGAAACGGAUUUGAUGAGCAAAGUCGAAUUGUACAAAGACGCCAUUGACUGGAUCGAACGCUUUAAUACUCUUGUCGAUGAGAGAAUUUAUAAUUUAAAACUUAAGGCAAUCCGGAUGAGGUUGGCUCUCCUUUCCAAGCGCGAUGAAAUUAUCAAGAAAAAAGCGGCCAUGGUAUUGUCGCAGCUGACCCAAGCAAUUAAAGAGGGCUCGUUUUUGAAGGCGCUUCUCGUGACACAAGACGAAGAUGAAGACAACGAUAAAGUUAUGCAUUUGUGCUGGCAGAAAUUGUUGAAGGAAUCGAAUGAAAACUACAACGAAUACAGUCGCCUACUGUUGCGUCUCUUCAAGGCUAUUGCCCAGCACGAACAAGGCAAUUCGACGGCUGCCAUCAAUGAAGUCGCCGAUGUGUUUUGGAGUGGCUAUGAACUCUUCCAGUCCCAAGACCGCAGCAUACCUAUCGUGGACUAUGUAGUGCAGUUCACUUCGCAGUUGAUUCUGAAGGAAGCAAGUUUGCCUCUCAAAAACGUCGCUGGAAUAAACGUUUCCAAUUUCCUAUCAACCCUUCAAUUAACUGAAGAGGACCUCAUCAAUCCACCUGAUAUAGACGACCGCAAAUGGGGGAACCUCACUGUAGAGGGCUGCGACAUGAAGAUGUUCCUGAAAUACGAAACGGCAGUGAAGAAGCUUGUUGAAAAGAAGAAGUGGAUGCCACUAGACGCCGCCUUUGCCUACCACGACUUGCUAACCGCAUGUCAACACCCAGCUCAACUGUUAUUCACCAUUAUAACGUCUGCCCAGUGGUUUACGCGUCAAAUUUCAUGCUCGGAUUCCAACGACUCGUGCCUGUUCGCGUGCAAGAAGAUGAUCACGAAACUGACAAAUCUGGCAGCAGCGCUCGCCUUCGAGUUCUCUACACAUCCGUACAUGCGAUAUUACGUUGCGAAGCUGGUGAUUGCACUGCAGUUCUUCUCGUCUUUGAAGACUGGGCACGAGGGUCAGGAGACAGCAAAUUUCAUUGGCGUGCACAUGAAGUGGCUUGUGGCUACCGGUCGCCAUUGCCCCUUGCACAAAAUGCCCACGGUAACACCCACGGAAGCUGUGCUUAUGAGUAUCAUUUCCACUAAGCUGCAUUGCGAGUAUCUCCUGAAGCUUCAAGAUGCCAUUCCGGCCGAGCUGCGCCCAAUGUCUGAAGCCAUAAUGCGCUAUCAGAUUUAUGAAAACUGCUGGUUUAAACGAGGUAAUGAUUGUUAAUUUAAUUUAAGAGCAGUAUUGACAGCAUUAUUUACAUCACUUGAAUUGCGACCACGAAUUUUCGAACUUUCUCGAUAUAUUACAGUUAUUACGUCCUAUCAUAUUGUCAGCUAACAAACUGUGAAGGUUUUGAGAUUCGCGCGGCGGCCUGCAAGAGAAAACAAAGUUCUCGACGUUUCGAACUAAGGCCCGUCGUUGGGAAUUAGUUCUCUGUUGCAGGCUGCCGAAAACCUUCACAGUUUGUUAUCCUAUCCGCGACCUACGCUGAAUUGCUGCAUAAAAUUGCUUUGGUGGCGUAAUCGUCAUGGCAAGCGUCUUUCAUCGCUGAGAUAUUGUGGGUUCGAAUCUCGGUUCGAACUCGCUACAUUCAUGUGAGAAGAGUUAGUCAAUGCUCUGCCAAAAUCGUGGGUUUUUUCCGGGUACUCCGGUUGUCUCCCACGUGAAAUGUUGACAGGAUUGGUAGAGGAUCAAGAUAGAUACUUGGCCAACCCUUCCAUCGUAGCUGUGCUCCGUAACAUUGGGUCCGACUAGACCUCAUGAUCUGCGUACCUCGCAAUUCAACUCGCCCAGGUGUAAGUAAGGAUGAUGAGCACCUCCCCACUUUACUUUACUUUACUUACUUUAAAUAUAUUACCAUAUGCAUGCUUGAUGUUUUGGACUGGCGUUUCAAUUUGAGUCUACCAGCGUCAAUAGAUCAACAUAUUACCAUUUUCAGGUGAAAUCGUGGAUCCAACUGAUGGCGGGCUGCGUUUGACUUCCAUGACCGCACUGCUGGCCGAGAAGAAAUGGUCAUGGGACGACGUUCAACGUCGCCUCGUCUCAAACAUGAUUGCGCUAGACAGAAAUGGCUGGCAAAUCGUCAACGGAAAGCUCAUGGAUGCCGUCGCGUCCAGCAACAUCCAGCGGCUUGUUGGUUUGGAAAUCAACAAGAAAGACUUUGGCAUCAAAGUUCUUGUAGAGCAAUCAUCUCGGCUGAACGCCUUCAAUCGACAACCGGCGCUCCUCAGCUGGGGGGACAUCGCUGGUGGGUUAUCCCUCAGUCAGGCAGGGUCGUUCUUCAGUUUGGAAGCCGUCAAUCCACAAGAAACGCCAUAUCACCCCUUCAACAAGUUGAUCUAUUUCCCAGAACAGCUGGAAGGAACGGAAAUGCUGUUUACGAUGUUGCACACAGAUUAUUUGCUCAAACAGUUCAGCAUGGGGCACGAAAUUCAAUCUCAUCCGCCCUUUCAACUGCGACCCGUCUCAGAAGGUCUUCUCAAAGAUCUUCCCGACGAUUUGAAAGAAGCGCUGUGCUCGAUUCCCAGCCGUGGUGCCUCCCGCAAUCGCGUUCAUCGAUUGUGGAUCCAAGCGGAUACAAUGCAGUUCGAUGUUCAGGAGACAGGCGACACAGUACGCUGGCUGUUUGGAGAAGUCAAAAUUACCGUCCGCUGCAUGCCCAUGUUCCAUGGUGAGGACGGGGAACUGAAAGAUCUUGACAUCGAUGGCCUCGAUCCUGAUAGCCCGGAAGGUCGUUUCGUUGAAGAUUUUACGAAGAAUUACGAGAAAAUUGGCAAACAUUUUCCCGCAUUUCUUCGCCUCAAAGAACUUUGCAAGGUUCAGUGGUUGGGGCAAUUUCUCGACAGCUUUAUAGAUGGCGUGGAAGAUCACAAGAAACAGGUUGAAAGUGGCAAACUGGAUUCGGAAAUUCGACGCAUCCAAGCUUCGGCACUCCAGGAAGCAGAAGUUAGCAUUGCCAGUAAUCUCGAUAAGGCGAGAAAUUCUAUAAGACGACAGGUUUCUUAUAUUAAUGACAACGUAGUAAGCCAAGUUCAUCGGCAGGGCGAUAUUUCGGCAUCGUAUAGCGAGAUUUCCCACUGGCUAUACACUGGCAAUUCGUGUGAUAUCGCAAAGAAAAUUGCCCGUGAAAAUGCUCCAAGUCUGAAUGAAAUCCGAAGAAGAAUUGUCGAGCAGCAAAAGGAAAGUCUGCGAAAAUGCACGAAUGCGAUAGCGGAUCUGAGAAAAAGCUCAAAGAAAUUUCUCUUGGCCAGCAACAAAUGCAAGUGGAUUCCCGCUGUCAAUCACUGCCAAGAUGAAGACGAGUUUACUCGAUUUCACUAUGGCGGCGUGUCGCUGACACCAAAAGCUGUGAAGACGAAUCUUUCCACACCUGGGUUCUUCUCGGGAUUCAGGAAAGUAUCACUGACUCCCGGCCUGCUGUCAAAUUACGCACCGAAAAAACAACAACCUCCGCAGGCAUUCAAUCCUCCCAUAGUCAAUGCAACAAAACCGUCGACUGGAAUGCAGCAAAAUUCUGCAAAUACUCGCAAUGCCCAGGCCUCUGGAAAAGGUAAUUGUUAUUACUGUAAUACGUUGGGAAAUUUUGUUUAUUUACACAGAAACAGACGAUAAUGUCAAGGUGCACGUUCAUGAAACAGCCAUUUACGUGGUGUACGAAAAAUAUUUCUCAAAUCAUUAUGCGGUUACAUUAUGGAGAUUGAUUUUCUCCCAAAAUCCUGAUUCGUUUGAGAAACUAUAUCGAACAGUCCUUACAGUCCGUCCUCCAAUGUCUAGAUUCAGUCAAGCUGGUCAGAAAACGCGGCAUUGCCUCGCGUUUUCAAUCUGCUUGACUGUGGCUCAGAAAUCGAAGUAAGACUCUGACUCUUGUUGGAUAUAUUACGUUAAAUAUUAUACCACGGGCUCGAAUCGUAUACGAACUAAUAGCUAUAACUCAUAUACGACGAGAGACGGUUCGAACUAGCCCUAAACCUAGGGCUAACCUAACCCUUUUAAGCCCUUUCAAUGCUAAAACAUUAAUUGCACCUUUUUAUUCCAGGUGGGGGAGGCGGUGGCUUUGGCGGUCCUAGUGCAGGUGGUACUGGUGCUGGCGGUGGGGGACACGGUAGAGGUGGCGGCAGUAGAGGUGGAGGUGGGGGAAGCGGGGGAGGUGGGGGUAGUAGGGGUGGAGGUGGAGGAAGCGGUGGAGGUGGAGGAAUGGGUGGAGGUGGAAGGAGCGGUGGAGGUGGAGGAAGCGGUGGAGGUGCAGGUACUGGAGGUGGGGGUCGAAGUGGUGGUGACAGUUGGGAGAAAGUGACGAAAGUACUCGAGAAGGCAUGUGGUGUCAAGAUGGGAACUCAAAUAAGAAUGGAUAAAAAGUCUCCGAAAGCCAGGCAGUAUGUGAAGCCAUUGUCCCCUGGCAAGUCAGACUGGGAAACUGCGUUGUCAGAUUUCAAUUUUACAAUUGGAAAAGACGCCAAAGUUAGAGCCGGGAAAACAACUGGUAAUGAUUUUAUUUGUAUAUAUUUUUACUAAUGACGGAAAAUCGUAAGUUAUCAACAGCAUCGAAGAUGUUUUGUAUUAAAUGUGGACAUUGUGCUGUUGUACUGACCACAUUGAGCAAUGUUGUGUUGUCCACAUUGAGCAAUGUUGUGCUGUCCACAUUGAACAAUGUUGUGCUGUCCACAUUGAACAAUGUUGUGCUGUUCACAUUGAACAAUGUUGUGCUGUCCACAUUGAACAAUGUUGUGCUGUCCACAUUGAACAAUGUUGUGCUGUUCACAUUGAACAAUUUUGUGUUGUCCACAUUGAACAAUGUUGUGCUGUUCACAUUGAACAAUGUUGUGCUGUUCACAUUGAACAAUGUAGUGUUGUCCACAUUGAGCAAUGUUGUGCUGUCCACAUUGAACAAUGUUGUGCUGUCCACAUUGAACAAUGUUGUGCUGUCCACAUUGAACAAUGUUGUGCUGUUCACAUUGAACAAUUUUGUGUUGUCCACAUUGAACAAUGUUGUGCUGUUCACAUUGAACAAUGUUGUGCUGUUCACAUUGAACAAUGUAGUGUUGUCCACAUUGAGCAAUGUUGUGCUGUCCACAUUGAACAAUGUUGUGCUGUUCACAUUGAACAAUGUUGUGCUGUCCACAUUGAACAAUGUUGUGCUGUUCACAUUGAACAAUGUUGUGCUGUUCACAUUGAACAAUGUAGUGUUGUCCACAUUGAGCAAUGUUGUGCUGUCCACAUUGAACAAUGUUGUGCUGUUCACAUUGAACAAUGUUGUGCUGUCCACAUUGAACAAUGUUGUGCUGUUCACAUUGAACAAUGUUGUGCUGUUCACAUUGAACAAUGUUGUGCUGUCCACAUUGAACAAUGUUGUGUUGUCCACAUUGAACAAUGUUGUGCUGUCCACAUUAAACAAUGUUGUGCUGUUCACAUUGAACAAUGUUGUGCUGUUCACAUUGAACAAUCUGUUGUGCUGUUCACAUUGAACAAUGUUGUGCUGUCCACAUUGAACAAUGUUGUGCUGUCCACAUUGAACAAUGUUGUGCUGUUCACAUUGAACAAUGUUGUGCUGUGUCCACAUUGAACAAUGUUGUGCUGUUCACAUUGAACAAUGUUGUGCUGUUCACAUUGAACAAUGUUGUGCUGUCCACAUUGAACAAUGUUGUGCUGUCCACAUUGAACAAUGUUGUGCUGUCCACAUUAAACAAUGUUGUGCUGCUCACAUUGAACAAUGUUGUGCUGCUCACAUUGAACAAUGUUGUGCUGUCGACAUUGAACAAUGUUGUGCUGUCCACAUUGAACAAUGUUGUGCUGUCCACAUUGAACAAUGUUGUGCUGUCCACAUUGAACAAUGUUGUGCUGUCCACAUUGAACAAUGUUGUGCUGUCCACAUUCGUGUUUCAAAUUUCACAUAUAUGUUUUUUCUCUUUUACAGCCCAAGGCAGUGGUUGGGAUAGCUUUGAAUCGUCUCUGCAGAAGAUUCAACGAGGAGAGAAACCGCCGAGAGAUUUUAGUUUGGUGCAUUCAAAGAUAGUUGACGGGCAGGAAUGGUCGGUCAGUGUGCGAAGCAGUAGCGAAGAUAAAAGACCUACGCUGGAAUUUUAUCGGAAAGGCAUCAAAGGCAAAAUGGCUGAGAAACGUAUCAAGAUUCGCUUUGGUGACAAAUAGCCGUGAGUGAAGCAAUCUUGAACGUUAUAGCACAGGUUAGAUAUAUGUAGAUGUCUAACUAAGCCAACAAUGUGUCGCUAAUUUUUGGCGAGCCUCCAUAUUGUCAGCAAGUGUUGUAACGUCAACUCGCGCUAAAUCCGGUAGAUUGACGUUGAUCAGUCUAAACUGCAAAGUUUAGGAAGUUAAGUUAUUCAACAUUUUUCGUUUUCUAUAUUAUUGCCAAACUACGCCAUAAAAACACUUAUUUCUACUUAUUUCUACAAUAGCGUUUCAAUGGUUAUGAAUGGGAAAAAAAAAAAAAAGAAAUGAUACGAUAGCAUUUCAAUGGUACUGAAUGUGCAAAAAAACAAAAGAAAUGAUUUUUGACUUUCGCGUUAGGAAAACUACAAUUAGAAGUACUAAGUUAUACGACUCAGAAGUUGAAAGGGUCACUUCUUUUAAACUGUUGGGAACAUGGCUGGACGACAAUCUAAAAUGGGUUAGUAACACUGAGUACAUCGUAAAGAAAGCAAGAAAGCGGUUGUACUUUCUCAAAUUGCUCAAAAGGUAUGGGGCGCCAACGCAGUAUUUGCUACAAUUUUAUCGUUGUAUAAUUAGAUGAACUCUGGAAUAUGGAGAUGUGUUGUGGCAUGGGGGACAAACCAAUGCUCAAAGUGUCAACAUUGAAAGAGGACAGAAAAGAGCAUUCAGAAUAAUAUUACCUGGUGUGGAGUAUUUUGUAGCGUUAAAUCACCUCAAGAUGCAAACGCUGAGUGAAAGACGCGACAAUCAUUGUGGAGACUUGCAAAUCUAUCUUCGCCUGAGCACCGUCUACACAACCUACUUCCCGACCGUGUUAGAGAUACAAGACAAAGAGCAACCAGAUCCAAUGCCAAUAUGUAUUAUAAUUUUAAAUUUAGAACAGAAAGAUUUAAGAAUAGCUAGUCCCUUGGUAUACGCUAUAAAUUGCUAUAUAAUAUAAGUGAGAGAUAACAGACAAUUUGAUUGGCUAAUCAGCGUGCAUUGUGACGCAAUAAUGCACGCUCUCAGUUCUUGAAUUUUCCCGCUCUUUCCCCGCUUGCGGCAAAAGUAAAUAAAUGUAGUUUUGAAACACAAAAUUUAGCAGAAAAAAAACAACAAAAUAUUGAGGUUAAAAACUAAAAUGCAUGAGCCGGCCAACGAAAACAAACGCACUGAAGAAGGCAAGGAAAGAUUUGCAGCUGUUUCGGACACUGAGCUAAAUUUUCUACUCGAAAGUCGUCAUUCAAAGGCGACAAAAACUGCUACGAACUGGGCUGUUUCUACAUUUAAAGGUACGUAAAUUUAAUAUUUGUGCGUUCAAAUACUUGCAAUACACAGAAACUACAUUAACUGACUAAGUUUGUAGUUAAUAUACAAGUAAAAACACACCAGUUUCACUUUGGCAUUUGUCGUUAUAAUAGUGAAGUUUUACAAUGUCGACGAUAUAAUAUAAAGCUACACGAAUAUGUCAUUUUUUUAUGAAUUUCAUGACUAAAAAACUUGGCAACAUAAUUUUUUUAAACAGUACCUUUCAAUGAAAAUAGCCUAAUCUUUUUAGAUUGGUGCCACACGAAAAACAUAAUACCUGAACUGAAACAAAUGACAACAAGACAGCUCGACGAAAAUCUUUUUCGCUUCUACGCUGAAGCCAGGACGAAGGAUAAGCGAGACUACAGCAAGUCGGCAUUGAACGGGUUCAGACAUGGUAUUGAAAGAUAUCUAAAUAAUCCACCACUAAACAGAGCGAUUAGAAUUGCCUCUAACUCCUUGUUUACACGGUCCAACCAGAUGCUUGACGCGAAGAUAAAACAACUGAAGCAACACGGAAAGGAAAAUGUCCAGCACAAACCACCGUUGGAGAAAGAAGACCUCGCCAAGCUGAAAACAAGCGGCGUUUUCGACCCCAUCAAUCCUUUGUCGCUUCUGCGUAGUGUGUGGUUUCACGUUCUCUUGUAUUGGUGUAGACGAGGUCGAGAAGGACAACGUAACCUCACCGUGAACAGCUUCGCAUUUGAAGUUGAUAGUUCUGGUCGACGCUACGUGAGGAUGACACACGACGAGUCCUCGAAAAAUCACCCUGGUGGAUUAACUGACGUGUCCAGCAUGGAGAAAAAAGCGAGAAUGUACGAAACCGAUCAGCCAGUUGAUGGGUAUAAAGCUUUGGCUCUUUAUCUCGAGAAAGUCAACCCCAACUGUCGUGCUCUUUUCCAGUAUCCUGCACGAAAUUAGCAAUCAACAAACCCGGUUUGGUUCGAAAAUCGACCACUCGGAGUCAACAGAUUGGGCAAAAUGAUGACCGAAAUUAGCCAAGCUGCCGGUCUGUCGAAGAAUUACACAAAUCAUAGUGUUCGAGCAACAGCCAUUACCGUUUGGUCAAAUGCAGGCAUUCCUAAUCGUCAUAUUAUGGCAAUUUCUGGCCAUCGAAAUGAGCAAAGUCUUGUUCAUUACAAUGCACGACCAUCGUCUUUACAGCUUCGCAACUGCAGCGAUGUCUUGUCUCGUUCGUUAAUUACUGAUGAUCAUACUUCCUCUGCCCCUUCUGGUUCAUCUCAAGCUCAGUCACCAACCCAACAGCACAUUUCUGUUGCAUCAACUUCGACUAGUUCAACGACAAGCACACACUUGCAGAACUUUGCUGUGGCUGGCAGCAUGUUUAGUUCUUGCUCGAUCGGCAGUGUCCAGAUCGUGUAUAAAUCCAACAGCGAUUAGCUUUUGAACUUGUAUAUGUUAUAUUUGGAUAUUGUUUUAUAUUGUGGACUGUUUCUAAAAAUAUUCGAACAGUUUUUAACUGAUAAACACCCAAAAAAUAUAGUUGACUUGCUUGUUUGUCGCGCCUUUCGCCGUUUCGCGAAUGCAAGGUUCUUGUUGCUAAGCAAUUGAAAACGCACAUGAUGUCAACGAUUACAUGUAAGGAGAAUAUUAAUAUUGAUCUUUGAAUAAAAUUGUUCACUGUAUAAUAUAUUCUUAUGUUAUAAAAGAAAUAGAAAAACUCGUCUUGUGCGUUUAUGGUGUGAUAAUGCACUUGGGGAAUGUUGGGAGAACACUCGAGAAGCGUGUAAAACACUCGGCUACGCCUCGUGUUUUACACGCUUCUCUCGUAUUCUCCCAACAUUCCCCGCGUGCAUUAUCACACCAUAAACGCACGCGACUCGUUUUCUAUUUCUUAAAUAAUUUUCUUAGAUGAUUCGGUCAUCGCCAAUUGGUCAUCGCCAAUUUCAAUUCAUCGUCAGAGCGAUGAUUCGGUCAUCGCCAAUUGGCAUGUAUUGAUGAUACGGUCAUGAAGAUACGGUCAUCACAAACUGGCAUGUUGCAAGAAACAAAAGAAAGAAAGACCUCGUCUACCCUUCAAACUACGUUAUUAAUGUCUGAUCGAAGUUUAAAUAUAUCGUAUAUACGAACGGUUCGCACAUGGGAUGAUGCGCGCAAUGAAGGUCAAAUCACACUUUGAUUUUUACAACAUUUAUUGAACUAUCUUUUUACUAAACUGAUUAAGACCAACAACGUUUGGUUGAUUUAACAUUACUUUAAAAUAACUCUUAACAAACUGAGACACCUCUGCAUCAUUUAACAUAGUUAACUAUGUUAAAUGUAACAUAGUAUUGUUAGUAAAUAACUGUACGAUCUUAUGAUCUAACCGGCGUAAUCGUAAAUGACGUUUCUUUCUGCGUCAAUUUGAAUUAUGUUUUCGAAUUCCCCGUAACACACGAGACUCACAGCGACUGUUGGUGCCCUAGAGAACGUGAUGCUGACUGCCUUUCCUCUUUGAACAGCGUUAAAAUGAGGCGACGAUCCACACACAUCAGGGGUCAGGUCAAAAGCAUAAAUGGCAUAUCCGUUUGGAAUCUCUUCUCGUGAUAUUAUAUCAUUUCCACUGUUGUAAUACAUUUUCCCGUACCAGAAGACAUCGUACUGAACGCUUCAAUAAAUUGGGGGUUUGCACCAAAGGAAAGUUGCAUCUGUUGGAAGGGGAUGGGUUCACCAUUCAUGGAUAUUCCAAUAGAGGACACGUUAAAAUGCUGAGAGUUGCAUUGCAGCGAACCAUGUCGUUUCUCUUCGGGAGCCCAUUCGAAAAAUCGACACGAGUCUUCCUUUUCGUUCGCGCAACAGAAAAACAUACGACGCUUGUUGACGCCUUCCUUUUUCACCUUUCGGGAUACACACAGAAAUCCGUGACGACACAUUGGAAGUACUGGCGGUUGUACAUCGCCCCACAUCCAAAAGGAACAUGGAUUCUUCUUACAAGUCAGAACACACGAAAAAGCGUCUUCCAUAAUUCUCUUUCAUCACAUCUUUAACCACACGCAUCGUCGCAAGCCUACGGUGCCCAUUACAUAACGGCUGUGAUUGUUUCGUAGCUCUCCAAGCUAGCAAUUAUGGCUUUUUCGAACAGAUAGCCAACGUCUUCUGGGCAAAAGAAAUUACAGCUUGGAUUUUGACCACAGAAGCAAAAUGUACCAUUUUCCGUCGUCGAACAAGCCGCAGGUUCUCCAUGUAAACACUUCAUUAUCGCUCUUGUUCUCUUCGUGAAAGCUGUGUGAACAAUAUGCUGAGCAGCAUCUAUAUCUUUGGCUUAUACUCUCAACUUCGCUAAUGUUUUCCUUUCCCCGGGUAUAAAUAGCCGAGCGGAAUUAGUACCCUCGACCCGGGCUCACGCCCGGAACGGCGUUUCGCACCGUUGGCUCGGGGACAAUACAGGCUGUAAUUAUAAAUUUGAAUUGUUCCCACCGGGAACAAGAUAAAGGCUCAACCACCCAGGACAAAAGCCUCUUACUCUUUGCUCACCGCAAGAACCAUAGUCAAUAGCUAUGGUUUCGUUUAACUAUUGGCAUUGUGUAAUAUCACGACUGGGUAAUUUGGAACCAACACACUGCUAUUGGUUGGUAGGGCGAAAAGACAAUAUACACGUGAUGAUGAACCAACCAUUUUUUGCAUAAACGGCAUAAACCAAGACAAAAAAACAAGAUAAUGAGGUCUUUUGAUGUUUGCAUCGAGUUUCCUAACCUUAUUUUAUUUACUAUGCAAAAACCAACUCUGAUCGCAAGCUCGCUGCUGCACUUUCAUCCAAUCCAAAUGACGAUUUAUACAAGAAUUAGAUACUAGCAUGCACGGCGAGCUUGUUUUCAAUGAAUGGAAUGAGUGGAAGAGAGCUUUAAUUGCUAAAUCACUCAAAAUUUAAAAAUAAACACGAGUGCAUGAGCACGGACAGUAAGACAAAGACGUUUCGGAAUAUAGAUUGCCUUUAAAAGGUGAAAAACAUUUUGUUUCCUUGUUUCGCUAAUAGACUAUAACACUGGGCAUUAAAUCACAGUUUAUCUCUAGUUUAUUUUAUUUUAUUUUAUUUUAUUUUAUUUUAUAAACUGUGAUUAAAUAAAAAAAACCAUUCAUGAAUCGAUUUCGAUCGAUAUCUAAAUCGCUCGUGUAAGGCCAGAGCUGAGAGUUAGGAAGGGUUCGAGUAUUUUAUUGAGUCCAAACGAUUUUCCCUAGCAGGUUCGAUUCCUAUUGUUGCAUUUUUCGCAGCUGUUCCUGGUUAGAUCUAAUAAAUGUAUAUAAAUUUACACUCCAUAAUUUCCAUCUACAAAACCCUUCAAGAGUAGGAAAUGCUACAACUACAUUUAUGUCACAACUUCAUUUCCUAUUUCAGGUUCUUAUGAAUCAUAUGUGGUUUGGUGGAGAAAAUAUCAAAAAUCUGGUUAAUUUGUCUUCUGUAAUAUGUGAGAAGAGUGUCCACAGGGUGUCCACAGGUUUUUUCUGGGUGCUCUGCAUGAAUAAAUGAUGAAUCUGACUGGACUUCUAGGGAGAACAGUUUCAGAAACGAUAGAGCUAUCCAGCCAGUAUCACUGAAAGAAAGGUCAAUUUUAGCUGAUGGAACAAAAAUACCGGGUGGCCCAAAAAAAAGUACUCCUGUUUGAUUCGUAAUAACUUCUAAAC